AUGCAUCUAAUCAGUUUGCUAGGCCUGGUGGCAGCCGUCACGGCUGUUGACACUCUGGUCGAUCUUGGAUACGCCAAAUACCAGGGCACCACAGUAGGUGCCGGAGUCAACCAAUGGCUCGGGAUGCGCUUCGCAGCACCGUCAGUCCCGCCUCUGCGGUUCUCAGCCCCCCAGCCGCCGCUUGACGAGAGCGACGUUCAGGACGCAACCAAAGAAGGCACCUUGUGUGUUUCGGCCAACAACCAGGAAGGCCUGCAGUUCGAUUCCGAGCGCCAGCCCAUGGCCGAAGAUUGUCUUUUCGCCGCUGUGUACGCCCCGGCCAAUGCCACUGACCAGAGCAUGCUGCCGAUCCUGAUGUUUAUCUCUGGCGGAGGGUUCACCUCCAACUCGAACGGAAACUUCAACGGUACCGGGUUGGUGGAGGCCAGCGGGGGAAACAUGAUUGUGAUCCGGGCAAACUACCGGGUGGGCAUACUGGGCUUCAUCGGGGGGACACUUGUCGAGGCUGACACAAAGGGCGCGGUGGCCAACAACGGGCUUAACGACAUGGUCGCCGCUGCGCGCUGGAUGCAGCAACAUGCUACGAAAUUCGGCGGCAACCCGAACCACAUCGUCGUCUCGGGAGCGUCUUCCGGAGGCAACGCGAUCGACGAACUCCUCGCCGCCAACAACGGCACCGGGUUCCCGGAUCUCUUCGUGGGUGCCAUUGCCGAGAGCCCUGGCUGGGGUAGUGAAGGUUUUUCGGCAGACCGUGACCAAGCACUCAACAACAACCUCAACGCAACAGGCUGCCUUAACGCGACGGACCCGAUCGACUGCAUGCGCAUGAUGCCCAUUGCGGAGUUCCAGAACAAGACGACCAAGGACGGAUGGGGUCCCACCGUUGAGGGCAAGCUCAUCACGGCGCCUCACUACCAGAUGUUCGAACAGGGCCGCUUCCAGAACCUACCUGUGAUAUACGGUUACGCAAGCGACGAGGCCACGCCGAACUUCAUCUCGAAUCAAACCGUUAACACCACCGAGGACGUCGGCGCCGACAUACUCAAGACCGUCGGGAAGUCAAUGACAGAUGCCGAGCUCGCGGCCGUGAUGGCAGCGUACCCGGAGUCUCUCAACAAUGUGUCGGUCUUCGGGCGCGACAUGAUUGCUCGCAAUGCUUCAUUACGUGAGGGCAGCGGCGCUCAGUGGCAGCGUGAUGCGGCCAUCAAGACAGAGCUCAAGGAACACUGCGUGGCGGCCUUCCUGAGCGACAUGUAUUCCAGUGUUGGACAGACACAGAACUAUGCGUAUAGGUACAACAUACUCGACGAGACGGCGGGCGGGAACGCCGACAAGGGCCUGUUCUCGCCGCACGUCAGCGAGCUGUAUUCCGUUUGGGGCAACAACAACACCGACGGCGGUGACCCGGGUUGUAUCAAGCUCAACUCGACGGACCCCCUGUCGUGCGCCACCGGCGCCGAGAUUGCGCAGGCGUACUGGAUCUCGUUCGUCCGCAGCCUCAACCCGAACACCUUCCGGCUCGCAGGCACUCCGGAGUGGGCUGCCUGGACCGUCGAAAACCCCAACCGUAUCGUGCUCGAUAACGCGGCCGCGAGCAUGGAGAAGAUGGGCGCGGCGGCCGGAGAGGUGCCCAUCGGCGAGCCUCCCAUGAACCAGCGCCAGAGGUGCCUUUCGUUGACGACAAACCUCGCGAAGCGAAUCAAUCUGGGGCUGGGCGAGGGCCAGACCUUGCCGGCCUUCGCCAAUGGGACGAGGAUCGACCCCACGCUCGCUGUGUUGGGGUCGUCAGCUGGCGCUGCUGCCGCGCCCUCAGUCCCGGGGGGUGGCAGCUCAGGCUCCAAUGGGAGUGAUGCGGCGAUAAUCAUCAUCGAAACACAUGGGUCGGGCGGUAGUAAUGCCUCCAGUGCCUCCAACAGCAGCACGGGUGAUGGCAAUCGUGGCUCUGGGAGUGGAGGUUCUAGCGGUGUCAGCGUGAUCCCUCUUGGUACACUGUCCCCGAACGGGACAAUGAAUGGGACCAGGCCCCCGGUAGAAACAAACAGCGCGCCGAAACCCACCCAUGGGCUCAAGUCCUUCGCAGCUAUCCUGAUCGGAGGAGUGCUGUUUGCCAUUUGA